AUGUGGACUGCUACUCUUUUUGUCGUGCUUUUGCUCAGCUUUUUUGCUGAAGCUUACCCUGUUGAUGCCCCUCUUGCGUUUGAACAUGGAGCUAUUGCUGCUGCACCAGAGCCUGUGAUUAUUGAAGUCACCGUUUGGGUGGAUAAGAAUGGACAAUCCCUUUCAGCCGAGACGCACUUUCCAACCAAAACCGUCGCCAGGGAGCCUACCAGCCUCCCUCCUUUUCUAGCAGUCCCGGACCUCGCUGCCCCUCAUGGCCUUGUCCCCACUCUCGGAGCAAAUGUCAAGACUGACCACAACCCUACCUCCCAUGUGCCAACCCAUCCACUCCCUCAGCAAAACACCAAGUUCUUCGGAAUCUCUUACUCCCCCUACAAUGCCGACAGUACCUGCAAGAACCAAGCCCAAGUAGAUCAGGACAUCGCCAGACUAACCCACUAUGCAUUUGUCCGCAUUUACGGUGUAGACUGCGACCAAGCCCGGAAAGUCGUUAACGCAGCCAAAUCCCACAAUAUGAAGGUCUUCGCAGGCGUUUACGACCUACAGAAUCUCCACGCAAGUCUAAAGACCAUCAUUGACGCUGCUGCACCCGAUCUGUCUAUCCUCCAUACCAUCUCUAUCGGCAACGAGCUCCUCAACCGCGGACAGAACUCCGCAGGUGACGUUGUAAAUGCCGUCCACGACGCUCGGGCCUACCUGCACUCGCUAGGCUACACCGGCCCUGUCGUGACUAUUGAUACGUUUUCUAAACUUCUCGAACACCCUGAACUUUGCCACGUCUCGGAUUACUGCGCCGCGAACUGCCAUGCCUUCUUUGACAAUAACCAGACGGCCGAGAACGCAGGGGACUACGUCCGCGACAUUGCUCAUCGCCUCUCGUCAAUCUCCGGCGGGAAACGCACCAUCAUCACGGAGUCUGGCUGGCCACAUGCAGGGCAGGCCAAUGGGAGGGCUGUGCCCUCACUAGAGAAUCAGAGAAAGGCCAUUGAGAGUUUGCGCCGGUCCUUCUCGCGCAACCCUGCCGACCUUGUUCUCUUCAGUGCCUUUGAUGACAUGUGGAAAGAGGACAAUCAGUGGACCUUUGGAGCAGAAAAGUUUUGGGGUUUUGAACGUCGUUGA